UCCAGCAGAGAUCGGGGGUGUAUUGAUGAGUCCGGCAGUUCAGCGCAGUAGCAUCCGCUGUCUGUCUGUCUGACCAUGCACCUGAGGUCCGGCCCGCAGCACACCCGCGUUCUGUCCACUAGCUUCUUCUGGAGGUUGUUGGUUGAACCCCGUUGGAGUGCCGCUGGGCAGGUGGAAAAUAGAUAGGAGAGAGGAGACAAUACGAGGAGGUCAGACAUUGCUCUUUGCUUUAGCUGCUGAUAAAGAAAGCAGCGUAUUGCCUGCGUGUGCCCAGAACAACAGACCGUCUCUGUCCGCCCCGUCGACCCUGAGUUUUAUCUCUGAAGAUGUCUCAUGUGACCGCGCUGUGGCUGCUGCCUGUGGUGUGGAGCAUCAUCAGUACCGCCAGUGCUACAUCUUCAGUGUCCCGGAAGUGUGAGGACAGUUUGGCCACUCCUCUUCCCUACAGCUCCCUCAGCAGUUCAUCUGUAUAUGCCAGAGGAUAUGGAGCUGGUUAUGCCAAACUCAAUCGAAAACAAGGUGCUGGAGGCUGGUCACCUCUGGAUACAGACCAUUACCAGUGGUUACAAGUGGAUCUUGGAUCUAGGAAGCAGGUGGUUGCCAUAGCGACUCAGGGUCGCUACAGUAGCUCGGAUUGGACCAGCAAGUAUCGGCUGCUUUACAGUGACACUCAGAAAAACUGGAGGCCUUAUUUACAGGAUGGUAACAUGUGGAUAUUUGAGGGAAAUAUGAACAGUGAGAGCGUGGUUCACCAUGAACUGCAGCACACCAUUUUGGCUCGCCACAUUCGCUUCAUCCCAGUGGACUGGAGCAAGGAGGGACGCAUUGGCGUACGUCUGGAGCUCUACGGCUGCUCAUACUGGUCAGAUGUGAUCAGUUUUGAUGGCCAUGGUGUCAUCUCAUACCGCUUCAGGAAUAAGAAAAUGAAGAUUGUGAAGGAUGUCAUCUCACUAAAGUUUCGAACCACAGCUAGAGAUGGGGUCUUGCUCCAUGGAGAAGGACAGCAGGGAGACUACAUUUCCCUCGAGCUCCGCAGGGCUCGACUGCAGCUUAGCAUCAAUUUAGGCAGUAACCAGUACGGUUCCAUCCAGGGUCACACCUCAUUGAUCAGUGGGAGCUUACUGGAUGAUGACCACUGGCAUUCAGUUGUCAUAGAGCGUUAUCGGAGGAAUGUCAACUUCACUCUAGACCAUCACACUCAGCAGUUCAGGACCAAUGGAGACUUUGACCACCUUGACCUGGACUAUGAGAUCAGUUUUGGAGGGGUGGCUGUGUCAUCAAAGCCAAGCUCAGGAGGCAGACAUAACUUUGUGGGCUGUAUGGAGGGAAUCACCUACAAUGGAGACAACAUCACAAACCUUGUUCGCAGGAAGAAGGUGGACACGUCCAGCUUCCGAAACCUGACUUUUUCCUGCAUCGAGUCCAAUUCCUUCCCUGUCUUCUUCAACUCAACUUCAUUCCUGCGGCUGCCAGGUCAGAGUGACAGUGACACUCUGUCAGUAAGUCUGUCUUUCAGGACAUGGAACCCAAAUGGGCUGCUAAUGUUUACGGCUUUGGCUGACGGCUGGGUGGAGGUGGGGCUGACGGAGGGCAAGGUCUCCGUCUACAUGAAUGUGACACAGAGGAAGAACACACGCAUUGACAUCUCAUCGGGCUCAGGUCUGAAUGAUGGCCAGUGGCACAGUGUCCAUCUGAAUGCCCUGGAGAACUAUGCAAUGCUGACCGUGGAUGGAGAUGAAGCAUCUACAGUCAGAACAGCCAUCCCCAUACAAAUCCAGACUGCAGGAACUUACUACUUUGGAGGCUACUUCAUGCACACUAACACCAGAUCAGCACAGCGCUCCUUCCAGGGCUGUAUGCAGAUGAUCCACAUAGACGACCAUCUAGCUGACCUCAGGGCUGUGGAGCAGGGCCACAUGGGAACUUUUGAAAAUAUUAGCCUGGAUAUGUGUGCCAUCAUUGACAGGUGUGUUCCCAACCACUGUGAGCAUGGCAGUCGCUGUUCUCAGACGUGGGACACAUUCAGCUGCAAUUGUAGUGGCACUGGAUACACUGGAGCUACCUGCCAUACCUCGAUGUAUCAGCAGUCCUGCGAGGAGUAUAGGCACCUGGGGAAGAGCUCAGGGAGCUACUUGAUCGACCCAGACGGCAGUGGCUCUAUUGCCCCCUUCAGAGUCAGCUGUGACAUGACAGAGGAAAAGGUCUGGACCACAGUAAAGAACAACCUGUCUCCUCAGACUUCAGUCACCAAUCCAGACCAGGAAGGGAAAGCAGUGCUGCAAAUCACUUACAAUGUGACCGAUGAACAGGUGUUGUCAGUCACUGGCAAUGCAAAGUACUGUGAACAGUAUGUAGCAUACGCCUGCCGGAUGUCCCGUCUGCUCAACACUCCAGAUGGCACCCCGUUUACCUGGUGGGUAGGAAGAGCCAAUGAGAGGCAUUCCUACUGGGGGGGUUCUGGACCAGGGAUACAGAAGUGUUCCUGUGGUAUCGAACACAAUUGUACUGACCCCAAAUACUAUUGCAACUGUGACGCUGACCUUCGCUCCUGGAGGGAGGAUGCAGGCCUGUUGGUGUAUAAAGACCAUUUGCCAGUCAGUCAGGUUGUGGUUGGUGAUAGGAGCCGAGCUGGAUCUGAGGCCAAACUCACAAUCGGGCCACUCAAAUGCCAUGGGGACCGAAACUACUGGAAUGCUGCAUCCUUCACCAGCCCUGCCUCCUUUCUUCAUUUCCUGUCCUUCAGAGGGGAAACCAGCACUGAUAUCUCCUUCUACUUUAAGACUUCCUCCACUCAUGGAGUCUUUAUAGAGAACCUUGGAACCACUGACUUCUUGCACAUUGAACUAAAAGGAGCCUCGGUGGUCUUCUUCUCUUUUGACGUGGGCAGUGAGCGGAUGGAGCUCAGUGUGCGCUCACCGGUUCCUCUCAACAAUGAUCAAUGGCAACGUGUUGAGGCUGAGAAGAACAUCAAGGAGGCAGCACUGCAACUUAAUGGACAGUACAGAGAGGUCAGACCUACCCCCUCACAAGGACACAAAAAGCUGGAGUUCUACAGCGAACUAUAUGUUGGUGCCUCAAGUGGUCAGAGGGGUUUCUUGGGCUGCAUGCGGGCUCUUAAGAUAAAUGGCCUGACUAUUGACCUGGAAGGGAGAGCAAAAGUGACUCCAGGGGUGAGUCAAGGCUGCCAGGGCCACUGCAACAGCUAUGGGAUGCAGUGCAGGAACGGAGGGAAGUGUCUGGAGCAGUACAACAGUUACUCUUGUGACUGCUCACUCACUGCUUACGAUGGACCCUUCUGCACAGACGAUGUUGGUGGAUACUUUGAAACAGGGACCUUGGUACGUUAUGACUUCUUGCCAGAGGUGGGACAAUUUGCAUUGAGAGAAGGGAAGAGCCUAUCUGGUGUUAGUGUCCCUAGGGAGGCCAACCUGACACAGGAGGAGCUGGUGUUUAGCUUCAGUACCUCCAGCACUCCCAGCAUCCUGGUCUACAUCAGUUCCAGGACUCAAGACUACCUGGCUGUGGUGCUAAGGCACAAUGGCACUCUCCAGAUCCGCUACAGUCUUGGGGGGCUAACAGAACCUCACACCAUUGACGUUGACCGUCGUAACAUGGCCAAUGGACAGCCACACUCUGUCAAUAUAACCAGGAACUUAAGAGAAAUACGACUCCAGCUUGACCACUACCCAGUGUACACAUACUCUCUGCCUGAGGCCUCGGACACCAAGUUCAACUUGAUAAAAAGUAUCUUUCUUGGAAAGGUCUUUGAAACUGGACAGAUUGACCCCAUCCUAAUCGAGCGCUACAACACGCCAGGCUUUGUGGGCUGUCUGUCAAGAGUUCAGUUUAACAGUGUGGCACCUCUGAAAGCUGCGCUACGCUUGGGCCAAGCAGCACCUGUCAGCACCCAUGGGAUUUUGGUCCCAUCCAAUUGUGGAGCCUCACCCUUGACCAUCUCCUCCAUGGCCUCAGCUAGUGACCCCUGGCACAUAGAAGCAGCUGGAGCUGUUUCCCCUUUCAACGAGGACAAAGCCAGUGGUGAUGGAGUGGAUCGCAACUUUGUCAUAAUUGGAGGCAUCAUCUCCAUGGUGAUCUUCAUUGUCCUUUGCAUCAUGGUGUUUAUGAUCCGUCAUCUGUUCCGCCAUAAAGGCUCCUACCACACUAAUGAGGCCAAGGGAGCAGAGUCAGCAGACUGUGCUGAUGCUGCGAUCAUCGUCAAUGACCCGGCCUUUACUGAAACCAUCGAUGAGAGCAAGAAGGAGUGGUUCAUCUGAACCCCUCCCAACAACAUGGACACAUGACAUUAGGAUGUAUGUAAUUUUCUAAGCAUAGGCAGUUGUAGUGAGUUGAACACCUGUGGAACCUUGAGGAAGUGCCGAAUGGUUUAUUCAAAACUUUAUGGACAAUGGUAUUAUAAAAUGGGUAUGAAAGCACAGGGGAAUACACUAGGCAGAGCCGAUGAUGAAAUGUGGAACGGUUUAUAUAAACUUUAUUUACAGUGGACAGGAUGACAGCCUUCAUGGUUCAGAGAACAGUGCCAUUAAGUUACAGGCCAUGGAUAAGGGAAUGUUUUUGUUUUCCUUUUAUUUUUUUAUCAAUUAUAAUUUAAUUUCAAUUGAAGUUUUGUUAUUUAUUAAUAUUUGAGUGAUAUAUUUUUUCAUUUAUUUAUUUAUAUAGAUUGAUAUCUGUAGACCUUUGUGCAGUGUGCUAAAAUAUCAGAUUAGAAGAUGAUGACAUUAAUAGUAAUAAUACAACUUAUUCAUCUAUUAAUGCCAUAACCAUUCAUAUCUUUAGCAAUGCUUAUUAAUUGUAGGGGGAGUUUACAUUAUGUCGAAUAAUUUGCAUUACUUUGUAUUGAUUCCAGUAGAGUUUAAUUUGAGCCUUAAAACUGAAACAGUUUGUGUGUGUGUGUGUGUGUGUGUGUGUGUGUGUGUGUGUGUGUGUGUGUGUGUGUGUGUGUGUGUGUGUGUGUGUGUGUGUGUGUGUGUGUGUGUGUGUGUGUGUGUGUGUGUGUGUGUCUCUGUCUGUGUGUCUCUGUCUGUGUGUGUGUGUACGAGGGCAUGAGUGCACACUGACUGGCCUUCUUGCCUGUAGAGGAGAUGUAGCCAUGACAAAUGACUACAUAAUUUAGACUAAGACCUGAGGGAAAAAAGUAAACGCCACGCUUGUAUUUAUUUUUGCAUCUACAUAAAUGACAGUGUCUCUUAAUAUCUUUUUAUCAUUGAUUGUGGCACUUACUGAUGCAUCUUUUAUUUUACUGUUUUUGGUGCCAAAUGAGUUGCGGCUUUUGAACAAGGAAUGAUGUCCUGUCAGUCCACAAGAGGUAAACUUGUUGUUUUGGUUUGGUUAGACAAGAUGUUAAUAUUAUUAUCAUAACUAUGUUCGUACAUCGAGACUGGCGGGGAAUAAGUUUAGCUUAAUGCUAACUGCUAGCCUAACUCCAUCACAAGUAAUCGUUUCUAACAACUUCAAAUUUCUUUAUUGUCUGUUGUUUGUUAUCAAACUCCAUCCAAGAACGAGCGUUGCUAACAAUAGAGAUAAAACAGGGCUCCAACCUGACAACGCCACUAUGAGGACAAGACUGUUUUGUUUUGGUUGGUGAAAACAUAUUUACAAACAUGAUGUCUCCUUUCUAUUUCUAUACAAGAUAUUGUGUUAAACACGGCUUUGAGUAGUUAUCAGGCACAUUAUCUGGGCCAUUUGCAUCAGCCCCGAGACAAGUCAGAGACCCAACCCCUUGGGUUAAUUGAGGAAAAAAGAGAGCCACGUGCAAGUCUGUAUUCUCAGACCAAUUUUGGGCACACAGUUUAGGCAUAGAUUUGUGAGCAUCAAAUUGCAAGCUGAGUACAGAUUCACACAUGGCACUUUUCUUUCUCAACAGACUUAAGUUAGCUCCGGAUUUGAGAUAAAAUGGGGUCAAAAUGACAAAAAGGGUAUUUUUGUACCUAAGUCAAUAUAAAUUCUUAUAUAUGUGUUAAGUGUGUCUCAUGUUUGUAUUAUGUAUCACUAUGGGAUAUUAUCAAUACCUACCGCUGUAAAUGACAGCUUAAAAGAGGAAAUUUGAUUCUAAAGAACAAUUUUUACAAGCAAUUGAUGAGCAGUGUAGAGUUUGGAUAGAACAACUCUGCCAUGCUGAUGGUAAAAAGCUCCUCAAUUUCACAUAUUGACUACACACAGUCGAGACAUUUAAAAGGUUUGAACCUUGUGUUGUUUCACUUGUGAUGGAGUUAGGCCAGCAGCUUCACCAUGCUCCCAGUCUCUGUGGUAUUCUGGAGUAAACACAUCCUGAACAUUUUGGUACUGGAUGAGAGUUGAUGAAAUUAGCCUGUCCACCUCAAACAACUGACUAGGGAAGUGUUCAGUGUUCAUUAUGUUGAUUUGUCCUACGUAUUCUUUAGUCUCUGAGCUUCAGGCUUACUGACUUUGGGGCUAGGAUAGUAUGGCAUGUGACUGAGACCAGCUUCGUUGUGAUACAGAGCAGCUACAUGAAGACUUGGCCGACUCAGUUCAGGAUACUUCUUUUAAAAACUUGAGCUAUGUAUCUGAUUUUGAAGUAGUAAGAUGAGGUUUCUUAAAAAGAAUGUUUGUUACACACAUAAAACUAUGGCUUACAUCCUGACUUUUGAUUGUAUUGCGUCUGUAUACUAUUGACUGCACUGCUGUGUAAUGGCAUGUUGUUUGACACUGAAUGACUCACAUUUCUGAUUUGAUAUGCUACUCUAGAAUCACAUAGCUCUUUCUUCAUGUUAUAUGUAUCAAACCUUGCCUAACUGUUCUUCUUUUUAUAGCUGAUUUCUCAUUAUUUGUGCUUUUCUCAUUGUCUUGAAGUUUCGCCUUGAAAGACCAGUAAAACAUACAGUACAAAUCUUA